AGCUUUCCUAUGCUAUUCCCUUCUAAUCUGCGUGGAAAUGCAGAAGAAGAGAAGGGAGAAGGGACAGGCUUUUAUAUGUUGCUUCUCACGCUAGGCUGCUUAUUAACACGAGAUAUGCGUCUAAUUAAUAGUGACUAUCAUUAUCGCGUUGUAUCUGUCAAAUCGGCAAAUAUAUGCUGCUUACUAGUCAAGCAGGCUAACAAUCCCACAUGUUUUGGAUGUAUGGUCUUUUUAGUACCUUCCCGUCGCAUAUUUCAUCUGCGUAAAGAGGAAAGAAUCAGAGUUCUGGGGAGAAUGGGGAUUUUAUAUAUCAUAUCUUGCACUAGUCGGCUCUACUGA